AGUCGCUACUAGCUAGAUAGCCAUAUCACCAGCAUGUGGAGGCUGACGGUGGCCGAGGGCGGCGGCCCGUGGCUGCGCUCGACGAACGGCUUCGUGGGGCGGGCGGUGUGGGAGUUCGACCCUGACCUCGGUACGCCGGAGGAGCGCGACGAGGUAGAGAGGGUACGCCAGGAGUUCUCCGACCACCGCUUCCAGAGGAGAGAGUCGGCCGACCUCCUCAUGCGCAUGCAGUGCGCAAAGCAGAACAGAUCUCAACGUCGUGAUCUGCCACGCAUCAAGCUUGGGGAGGAUGAGCACGUCACUGAAGAAAUUGUACUGAGCUCCUUGAGGUCGGCUCUGGACCAGUUCUCUUCACUGCAAGCCAGCGAUGGGCACUGGCCUGGUGAUUUCAGCGGGAUUAUGUUCAUCAUGCCUGGUUUGAUAUUUGCCUUGUAUGUCACUGGAUCACUGAAUGUUGUCAUAUCACCAGAACAUCGGCAUGAGAUUUGCCGCUACAUCUACAACCACCAGAACGAAGAUGGUGGAUGGGGCACACUUAUCCUGGGUUCGAGCACCAUGUUUGGCACAUGCUCAAACUACAUCACCUUGAGGCUUCUCGGUGAGGAGCCAUACGCCAACAACAGUGUGUUGGCUAAAGGGCGUGCUUGGAUUCUAUCCCAUGGUGGUGCAACCUUGAUUCCUCAGUGGGGAAAAAUAUGGCUUUCGGUACUUGGAUUGUUUGAUUGGUCAGGAAAUAAUCCAAUUUUCCCUGAACUAUGGUCCAUUCCCCAGUUUCUUCCAUUUCAUCCAGGGAAAUUCUGGUGCUUUGCCCGUAUGGUAUAUCUACCAAUGGCUUAUCUUUAUGGCAAGAAAUUUGUUGGACCAAUUACACCAACUAUAUUGGCACUAAGAGAGGAAAUCUAUGACACUCCUUAUGGAAAGAUUGACUGGAGUGAUGCUCGUAGUAAAUGCGCAAAGGAGGACCUCAUCUGUCCACGCACACUGUUGCAGAAUGUUAUUUGGACUUCACUUUAUAGGUGUGUGGAACCAGUAUUGAGCAGUUGGCCUAUCAACAAGCUGAGAGAGAGAGCUCUGGGAAACAUCAUGGAGCAUAUCCAUUAUGAAGAUGAGAACACACAAUACCUAUGCAUAUGUCCUGUGAAUAAGGCUCUAAACAUGGUCUGCUGCUGGGUAGAAGAUCCAAAUUCAGAUGCAUUCAAGCGUCACCUUGCAAGGAUACCAGACUUCUUGUGGAUUUCAGAAGAUGGCAUGAAGGCACAGGUAUAUGAUGGCUGCCAGAGCUGGGAGACAUCAUUCAUAAUUCAAGCAUUUUGCGCUACAGAUCUUGUUAAUGACUAUGGUUCAACUCUUCAGAGAGCCUAUGAGUUUAUGAAAAAUUCACAGGUCAUGAGGAACCAUCCUGGUGACCAACGUUAUUGGCAUCGCCAUAGAUCGAAGGGUUCAUGGACACUUUCAUCUGCAGACAAUGGAUGGGCUGUAUCUGACACUACAGGAGAAGCACUUAAGGCUGUACUGUUGCUGUCAAAGAUCUCAAACAAAAACAACCUUGUUGGGGAUCCAAUAGAAAGAGAAAGGUUGCAUGACGCUAUUGAUUGCCUUCUAUCUUUUGCGAACAAAGAUGGCACCUUUUCUACAUAUGAGUGCAAAAGAACUUAUUCUUGGUUAGAGAUUCUAAGUCCUUGUGAGACUUUCCCAAACAUUGUUGUCGAUUACCCUUACCCAGAAUGCACUUCAUCAGUGCUCCAAGCUCUGAUAUUGUUCAAAGACUUAUAUCCUGGUUACCGCACAGAAGAGAUAGAAGCAUUAGUUAGAAGUGCAGCAACGUUUAUUGAGACCAAACAACAAGAAGACGGUUCAUGGUUAGGUAAUUGGGGUAUAUGUUUCACCUACGGGGCCUUCUUUUCGAUUAAAGGUUUAGUCGCUUCUGGAAGAACGUACAAGAACAGCCCUUGCAUACGGAAAGCAUGCCACUUCAUAUUGUCGAAGCAGCUCAGUACUGGUGGAUGGGGAGAAAGUCAUAUCGCUAUUGAAACUCAGGUGUAUGUAAAUCUCAAAGGUGACCGUGCUCACGCUGUGAAUACCGCCUGGGCAAUGCUCGCUUUAAUUUAUGCUGGACAGUUUGAACGAGAUCCAACGCCAUUACAUCGUGCUGCAAAGGAAUUGAUCAACAUGCAACUGGAGACAGGAGAGUUUCCUCAGCAAGAGCAUGUAGGAUGCUUCAACUGCAGCCUCUACUUCAAUUACCCAAGCUACCGCAACUUGUUCCCCAUCUGGGCUCUCGGUGAGUACCAUCGUGGCCUUCGUGCAAAGAAAGACAAUUGAGUCCGUGUGUGUAUAUAUAUAGUACGUAUAGCAUUGUGAGGAAUAAAACAGGUUGCGUCGGUGGUGAGUGCGCAAAAACAAGAUGUGCUUUUAUGUAGGUGUACCACAGUGUACAAUGUUGGUCGUUGUUAGACUGUAAGGCUAUCAUGACGUGUAUAUUGUAAUAUAUAUACUACGUGAUUGGUG